CUCAGUAUUCACACUCGUCCUCUCCGCUCUCCCUCCCCCGUGAUGUGGCGCCUCCCCCGUGUCCGCCAUCUUGCGGCCGGUGACUGAGAGAAUCUCGGCCCGUGAGAGUAAUACCGAGCUGACCCGGGAUUUUCAACGUGCGCUCCUUUAACCCUAACAGGGAAAUCACACCCGGUUGCCUUGAACAUACUUGGACUCCUCUCACACAAGGCCAGCCGGCGGAGAAGCUGUGUGGCUCACGGACCCUGCAGACCGGGGGAUAAAGUUCCGGCGAGGCCGAGCACAGCUCCCUCUUCCCCGUACGUCUCCGCUGCUGAUAUCAUUGCCCAUUUACAGUAUAGUCCUGGUGGUGGCAUCUCUAGCCUAAGCACAAAUGUGUGUGUAUGGUGACAUACAACAACUCCUUUGAGACCCUAUCAUCUGUGUUUUUACAAGUCAGGAGUACUUCGCUACCAUGUUCUGGAAGUUUGACCUCAACACAACAUCACAUGUAGACAAGCUCUUGGAGAAGGAGGAUGUAAGCCUCCUAGAAUUAAUGGAUGAAGAUGACCUGCUCCAAGAGUGUAAAGCUCAGAAUCAGCGGCUCCUGGACUUCCUAUGUCAGCCACAAUGCAUGGAGGAGCUUGUACAGCUCAUCACUCAACAACCUCCUGAAGAUAUGGAUGAGAAAGUCCGCUUUAAGUACCCUAACAUAGCCUGUGAAUUGCUCACUUGUGACGUGCCACAGAUUAAUGAUAAACUGGGUGAAGAUGAAAACCUCUUGAACAUUCUGUAUGACUUUCUGCGACAAGAGCCCCCACUCAAUCCUCUGCUGGCCAGCUUCUUCAGCAAGACCAUCGGAAAUCUGAUUGCAAGGAAAACUGAACAAGUAAUCGGAUUUCUGAGAAAAAAGGAGAAGUUCCUUACACUGGUGCUGGAACACAUUGGUACUUCAGCUAUGAUGGACCUUUUGCUUCGUCUCAUCAGUUGUGUGGAGCCGGCUUCACUCAGACAAGACGUGCUAAACUGGUUAAACGAGGAGAAGCUCAUUCAGAGAUUGAUAGAUCUUAUCCAUUGCAGUCAAGAUGAAGAUAGGCAGUCUAAUGCAUCCCAGACCUUAUGUGAUCUCAUUCGCCUGAGUAGAGAUCAGUGCAGUCAGAUGCAGGAGAUACUGGAGACUGAUCCUCUGCUGGUAACCCUUGAAUCACAACCGUGUGUAGAGCAACUUUUGCACAACAUGUUUAACGGAGAGCCAUCCGAGACCUGUGUUGUGUGUGGGACUCAAAUUUUGCUGACAUUACUGGAAACCAGGAGACCAAGUGUGGAUCCUCUUUUGGAUUCACUUCCUCAGGGAUAUGAGAGGCCAAGUGCAGUGGUCAGUAGCAGUGUUCUUCAGGGCAUAGAAUCGCGUCUAAAGGAUUUUCAUCACUUGCUCCAGCAUCCCCCUAAGAAAGAAUCUAUCUUGACCACCAUUGGCAUUUUGGAAGAACCUUUGGGAAAUGCCCGUCUUCAUACUGCUCGCCUCAUUGCUGCCUUGCUUCAAGCUAAUAUGUCCAGUAUUAACCAGGAGCUCUGCAGACUUCGAACCAUGGAUCUGUUACUUGACUUAUUUUUUAGGUACACUUGGAAUAACUUUCUACACAUCCAAGUAGAGAUGUGCAUAGCUGCAAUCCUCUCCCAAUCUCUGAAAAAUGGAAAGAGUUAUGGAACUAUGGAAGAGAAAACUAACUUGGAGGCUCCUAAUGGCAAUGCAGAAGAUUCUGAGACUUUGAUACCUGAGCAAGAGACUCUUAUGAUUACACACCUCUUUCAGGAGUGCUGCCUGGUUCAAAGAAUAUUGGAUGCAUGGGAAACAAAUGACAAAAUUCAGGCUGAAGGAGGAAUGAGGAGAGGAAACAUGGGUCACUUAACUCGUAUUGCUAAUGCAGUUCAGAAUAUGGAAAAAAGUCCUAUUCAAAUACAGAUCAGUGAUUUUAUUACAGAACUCCCAGAAGACUGCAGGGGUAGGUGGGAAACCUUUGUUGAGGAGACCUUGCCUGAAACAAACCGAAGGAACACUGUGGACUUGGUAAACACCCAUCAUCUACGUUCAUCCAGUGAGGAUGAAGAUAUUGACAGUGCUUUUCCCAGUGAAUUGUCUGCACAGCAGGCUUUUUCAGACUACCAAGUUCAACAGAUGACCUCUAACUUUGUUGACCAGUUUGGUUUUAAUGAUGAAGAAUUUGCAGAGCAGGAAGACAACAUUAAUACUCCUUUUGAUCGGAUCACAGAGAUUAAUUUUAAUAUAGAAGCUGAAGAUGAAAAUCCUAAUGCUGCCCUCUUUGAAGCCUGCUAUAAUGAACAUAUUCAGCAGUUUGAUGAUGAAGAGGAGGAUAUUUGGGAGGAAAAGGAGAUUGGUUAUGGCACACAAGUUAAGUCUCGAACUCGUUGCAGGUUUGGAGCAUCACAGUCUUCUGAGGAUUCAUCACGCAGUGACUUGGAGAAUGGAGAGCCAGAGAGCAGCCCUGCAACUGAUGAUGAAGGGCAGGGGGGUUGUCACAAUGCAGAAAGACCUCCAAAUCUCAGCCCAAUCAAUGGUAGUCCUCCUAUACAUAGAGAUGGUGCAACUUCAGAAGAGACAGGAUGGACGGCUGUGUUUGAUGAGCAUGUGAACUCCAAACCUCCCACUCCUUGUGUAGCAUUGGAUGUAGGUUCUAGUGUGUGGGAUGCACCUGCUCCAGAGACAUCCACACCUGAGGAAAAGGGAUGGGCCAAGUUUACAGACUUUCAACCAUUUUGUUGUUCUGAAUCUGGUCCCCGGUGUAGUUCACCAGUGGAUACUGAAAGCAGUGCCUCUGAGGGACAUAGUAAGCAGAGUCAAGACAAAUUCUUCGGUGCCACAUCGCCCUGUGUGUGGAAUGUUUGUGUAGCUAGAAAGGCACCGGUAAUUGGUUCAGAUAGCAGCUCUUCUGGUGGCUCUGACAGUGAGGAAGAAGACAAAAACAAUAUCAUUACUGAAACCAUAAGCACUGGAGCUGGACAUGAGACUAUCAGACUCACCAUGGACACCAAGAAUGAGAAGGCUACGUUUAGUAGAAUCUUUACGCCUGCAGGUAAUCCCGAAGCCCUAGUCAUUGAUCAGUUGACUAUUGCUGAUACCAAAUGUGCAAACGAAAAACACCCUUGUAAUUCCAGUGCCGGAGAUGAGUCACAGGAACAGAAGGUGAUUUCAACUUGCACAAAUCCACAAGGCCCUUGUAAAGAGAAGAGUCAAGAGGAUCUUGCGCCGAAUCCCGAAGCCACAUUAAAUGGGCCUGCAUGAUAAACUUCAGUUCCAAACUACAUCUGGUGUGAGGCGGGACCUCUUAUUCCCAGGGACCUUUGUGCAGAAACAAGAACAUUGGGUUUGUUUGGAGACCCUUAUGCCAACCUAUUGAGCACUGCAGGAAAAUAGUAAAACUGGUGGAUGCAGCAAACUGAACUGAGAACUUGGAAAUACAGUUCUAGUUGUGUUUCUUCAGACCCUUGUGAUGCUUCGAAAGAAAUACUGCCUCUGCAGCAUCUUCCAUAUCCUUCUGUCAUCAUACCUGUUGAAAGAUGUACAAGGCAGCUGGAAAAUUAGCAUGAAUGAAGUACUGUUUCCUUGUCUGCAAUCUUUUGAGGAAAAAAAAUAUUAUUUUAGCAAUAAUCCUUCAAAUUUUAGUGCAAAUGCUUUGAUCUGCUUGCUUGCAGACUUGAUUAUUUUCAGCAGUAUACAGCAGUCCAGAUCAUAAGCCGAUCUAGCGUGUGGCAAAAGCACUGGACAUAAACUGGUACAGACGGGUGACAGUCUUCUGUUUCCAUGCACUUUACCAUCUGAUCCUUUUCAACCAUUUUUGAUUUUGAAAAAGGACAGAUUUUUAGUUUAAAUUAAUUUAGAAAAAGUCUGACUUAUUGAAAUAUGACUUCCUACAGUUUCAACCAUUACAAAACAACCAUAUUCUGUCCGUAAUACCCUGUUGCAGCAAAACAUCUCUUUACCUUUCUCUGCCAGCACAAUUUACUUAUGGUAUCCUCAUUUCUUUUAGCCUCCAUGAGAAAAGGUCAAGUGUGAAUGGCAGUGUUGAUUCUGAAUAUUAGGGUGUGUCCAAAGACUUGAUCUUACAUGAAUCCACUUAAUUUGUGCUUGUUUACACUCAGCACUAUUAUACAAAUUAUAUUCCAUCCAAAAUUGUAUUGAAAAGUGGUCCUCUAAAGUUAGGGUCAUCUCAAAGUAGAUGACUGGUAUGCCUAAUAUAUGAUGAAAAAAAUCUGUAAUGGGAAAUCUGGUCUAGAUAAGGUUUUUUUUUUUUUUCGAGAGAAUUGAUCUUCUGGAGAAGUUUCAAUGAACUUCUCAUGGAAUAUUUUUUGUCUUUAACAGUCUUUAUCUCCAGGAUAUCGUUCAAGAAUAAUCUUCAAAUAUGUAGGAAAAAAACGUGUCCUUGUACUUGGAGUAUUUUAAGCAGACCUUUUUAAUGGUUUUUAUCGGCAAUUUGUGUGACAUUGUAGACUUUAUUUUUACAUUUUUAGCUCAUGUUAUUGUUUUAAAUUAUUGUCUUUCAAUAAUUGUCAUACAAAACUCCAUUGUCUGUAAAUCUUUAUUUUUUUCCAUUUCCAUACUACUCAGAAAUGUUGUUAUUUUAAGAAAGUCAAUGAAAACUGUGUGCCAUA